UUCACGAUAUACUGUUUUCUGUCGUCUGCUACUACUUACAUUGUUACCCCAUUCGGAAUGCUUUGGACUUCUAGGCGAAGUUCAUUAUCGUCACGUCGACAAGGAAGAAUAAAUAGAAAAUCAACGGGCAGGUGUAUAUAGCUGUACAGAUUGAAAGAUGAGCUGUUCCGAUUGUGGAUAUAAGAGUCAUGGUAGAUUCUGUGAGGAGUGUGGAGGCAUGGUGGUCGAGGAGAAAAUGGUCUCACUAGUAAUUUGUAGUGGAAAGUUAGAUGAUAAUUCUGCAUGUGGAGCAGAACUGGUUCCAAAUUAUCAAUUUUGCAAGUUUUGUGGAAAUAAAGUUGAUGAGUCACUUUUCUAUAAUCUACAACAUACAUGCCCUAACUGUCUUGAGGCUGUAGAGCAGGGUGUUAAAUUCUGUAUGGAAUGCGGAUAUUACUUGAAAAAACAAACCAAAACAGUAAAUAAAACAAUGGCAUCUCUUGUUGGAGAUGACAUUGUACAAUAUUCAGACGAAUGUCAAGAAAUGCACUGCGAACAAUGCUACGAAUUCGGUGAAACGGCAGAUGCACAAGGAUUUUGUAAUGAGUGUUUGGAGUAUAUGUGCCAAUCAUGCGUAAAAUAUCACAAACGACAAAAUCCACAACACAACAUGCUCGACAGGGUGGCGAUGCCACAAGAGUUUUGUUUUGAGCAAUGCCCCAUUCAUCAAAAGCACAUCAGGUUUUACUGCCCCAAAUGUGAACUGUUUGCCUGCUCGGAUUGCAGGAAAACAAAUCAUACAACAUGCGAUAACUUCAACCAUAUUUCAACCAUGGCUACUAGAAUAGAAGAAAGUAACGAACUGAAAGCAGUUCUUAAAGAUAUAGACCUUAUUUCUAAUGCGGUGAAAAAGGUUCAAAAUACACUUGAGGAUGGCGUCAAAGAUGUCGAAACGAAAGAAAAACAAGCUCAAAAAUCCAUUGAGCAAUCAAGUCAAAGUAGGAGGUUACAUUUUGAAGAAGAACAACAAAAAUGUACUGCAACAUUUGAUAAGUACCUUAAAGACAUAUCAUCACUUAUAGAAGAAGAAAAGCAAAGGACUGUUACUCGUUUGCGAAAGGAGCAGAAUGACCUUGAUAUGAAACUGUCUUGCACAGAAAAUAUAAAACUUGAGGAAUUAAGAAUAUCUUCCGAAGAAAAUGUUAGUGAACAUCGAUCUUUAUUGGCAAAAAAUGCAUCACUUUUGGAUAAAGUAAAGGACAAUGCGAGCGAUUUAUACCAGAAAAUGGAAAUAAAUCAAAGAUGCAAACUUUUAAUUGCAAUGAAGAAAAUAUCGUCUGAAAUGAAGAUACUUAAUCAAGAAUUGCUUAUGCUGACAAGCCAAACUGCAGCCUUGAAGAAAAGCACUCUACCAGACCGAAUAAUUACUGAUGCUAGAUCUUACCAAGCCUCAGUAAUGUCACAAUCGACAACAUAUGAUGGUAAUAAAAGUACUGAACAUCCUUCAGAAGUAACCAGAAUGAUAGUGGCAAAUGAGAAGCAGACAGUGUACAAAAAGUUUCCUAUACCUCUAAUCAACUUUCUAGAGAAACAUUGUUUUACCAUCAACACCAUGUUAUCACCAGAACAACAACACGUUGUAGACAAGUUGGAGAACUGGGCAAAGGAGUUUGUCAAACAGAGAAAUGUUGGUUAUGCACAUAGAAGUAAAACAACAGCCACAAAAGUAGGUGAUGUGUUUAUUGGUUACCAUAACGAUACAUGUUCAGCUAUUGUUCUAGAUGUUUGGAACAAACAUACAGAGAUAGAGAAUGAGACAGACAGGGAUACACAGGUUUUACAAGAAUCUAAGGCAGUGUUACUAUGGUGUGCUACACCAGAAUCCCUGAUCAGAUUGGAACAUAGUAGCUUGUCAAACAAGGAAAAGGAGUUGUUGAAAGGAUGGUACUUUAAUAAACAGUCACAUGACAACCUUCUACAAUAUUUGAAUGUCAAAACAGUACAACAGGAAAACAGGCAAUUAUUUGCACAGAUAACAACCCAUUCCAAACUGAUGACAGGUGUACACAAAAGAGAAAUCAGUAAAGCCACUGGAAUAGAUGUUGAUAAAAUACUCCUGCUAGAAACUUUACCAGCUGUUGAUACUGAACAACAAUUGAGAAACACGAUUUUACAGCACAUUCAAGGUACAGGAAAAGACCCGAGUCUGAUGGUGAUACAGUGUGACUCUGGUGAUAAGAACGCCAAUCUGAUUGCAUGUGCUCGUUACUGCGUCAUGGAUGAAUUUGAAAAGAUGCGAGAAGAACUAAGAGCUCCUAUCCAUGUUGUGUUUAUUGUACAGCUCUCUCGAGGGGCCUCAUUCACAGGAUUUCAGUGCGGACUUUGGCACUCAGCACACAUAGAUGAUCUGUAUCGAGGAGAUAUUAACAUGCCUACACUAAAAGACAUGCAAGGUAAAUCUAAAUGAGUAUGGACUAUAUAUAUACUGUUUCUUAAUAUUGUUUGAUUUUAUUUACCUGUCAAUUCCAUACUGAUUAUAAAGUCAAUGCACAGAAUAUAUCAAUAUUCGAUAAAUGUUCGGUAAAUUCCGUGAGAUGUACGCAGUAAGAUGUGGUUAAAUUAAUCUUGUUUCUAUGAAUUAGUUAUACUGACCGUUAUAGCGAAAUAGAGUAAAUUACGGGCAUAUUAUAU